AUGAUGUCCUUCACGUUCAACACGAUGAUCGGGCAAGUCACUCCCAUCGCGAUGACGGCCAUCAAGUGGCGCUUCUACGUCUUCGUCAUCUGUAACUUCACAAACGCCCCCUUCUUCUGGGCCAUCCUGCCAGAGACCAAGAAGAUCCCGCUUGAGGAGAUGAACUAUCUCUUCACCGAUGCACCGGUAUUCGUUCCUGGUACCGAUAAGUCGCAGUACCAGGCCGAUUAUAACGCGGACUUGAAGUCAAGGGCGAGAGCGUUCGAGGCGAAGGGUGCGGCGGAGGCGGAGGAGAAGAAGGCAUAG